GCGCCGGGGCGCCAGACGCCGUCGGGACGCAGCCAGUGCCCGCAGCACGAGCGGCCGCGAUGAGGGAGAUCGUGCACAUCCAGGCGGGCCAGUGCGGGAACCAGAUCGGCACCAAGUUUUGGGAAGUGAUCAGCGAUGAGCACGGCAUCGACCCCGCCGGAGGCUACGCGGGCGACGCGGCGCUGCAGCUGGAGAGAAUCAGCGUCUACUACAAUGAGUCGUCCUCUCAGAAGUACGUGCCCCGGGCUGUCCUGGUGGACCUGGAGCCGGGAACCAUGGACAGUGUACGCUCCGGGCCUUUUGGUCAGCUCUUCCGGCCUGACAGCUUCAUUUUUGGACAAACUGGUGCGGGAAACAACUGGGCAAAGGGGCACUACACGGAAGGGGCCGAGCUGGUGGACUCGGUGCUGGACGUGGUGCGGAAGGAGUGCGAGCACUGCGAUUGCCUGCAGGGCUUCCAGCUGACCCACUCGCUGGGGGGCGGCACGGGCUCCGGCAUGGGCACGCUGCUCAUCAGCAAGAUCCGCGAGGAGUUCCCCGACCGCAUCAUGAACACCUUCAGCGUCAUGCCCUCCCCCAAGGUGUCGGACACGGUGGUGGAGCCCUACAACGCCACCCUCUCCGUCCACCAGCUGGUGGAGAACACAGAUGAGACCUACUGCAUCGACAACGAGGCCCUCUACGACAUCUGCUUCCGCACCCUCAAGCUGACUACCCCCACCUACGGGGACCUCAACCACCUGGUGUCGGCCACCAUGAGCGGCGUCACCACCUCGCUGCGCUUCCCGGGUCAGCUCAACGCGGACCUGCGCAAGCUGGCCGUCAACAUGGUGCCCUUCCCCCGCCUGCACUUCUUCAUGCCCGGCUUCGCCCCGCUCACAGCCCGGGGCAGCCAGCAGUACCGGGCGCUGACUGUGCCUGAGCUCACCCAGCAGAUGUUCGAUGCCAAGAACAUGAUGGCAGCCUGUGACCCACGCCAUGGCCGCUACCUGACCGUGGCCACCGUCUUCCGGGGCCCCAUGUCCAUGAAGGAGGUGGACGAGCAGAUGCUGGCCAUCCAGAACAAGAACAGCAGCUACUUCGUGGAGUGGAUCCCCAACAACGUCAAGGUGGCCGUAUGUGACAUCCCGCCGAGGGGCCUCAAGAUGUCAUCCACCUUCAUCGGCAACAGCACGGCCAUCCAGGAGCUCUUCAAGCGCAUCUCGGAGCAGUUUUCUGCCAUGUUCCGCCGGAAGGCCUUCCUGCACUGGUUCACAGGAGAGGGGAUGGAUGAGAUGGAGUUCACUGAGGCAGAAAGCAACAUGAAUGACCUGGUGUCCGAGUACCAGCAGUACCAGGAAGCCACCGCCAACGACGGAGAGGAAACUUUUGACGAUGAUGAGGAAGAGAUGGAUGAGUAGAGGAGCCUCCCUGUUUCAAAUGCUAAAGCCCAGAUGCUCUUUCCUUAGGCCUGCCUGCUGCUGGAAAGGCUCGCUGCAGGUCUGAAUGAGUCAGCGUGGGCCCCACACAAACAUCAGGCAUCUGGAAUACAGGACAUGCUCCCACCCCGAACAUCAGACCACGGAGAUUUGCUCCCAGAGGACUCGAAAGACCUUGGGCCAUAACGGGCCCAACACACACCUUGGCUCCCAGGAAAUGUUUACCAUGUCUGAGAAUUAGCAGGGAGGGAGUUAGAGAAAUAAAUACAUUUCAUCCCUUGUGGUGGAACCUGAA